CUUCUUAGGGGAUCUUUGUCAUGGGGCGAUGACGUCAGCUCAGCCUCCCUCCAGCAGCUCUCUUGUCGGCGCCAUUGUUGGAGGUGUUUUAUCUCUAAUUGUAGCUGUAGUCGUCGUUGUGCUCGUCAUGGUGUGGCUAAGGCGAAGACGCCCGAAACAGGAGUAUCAAGCCAGGAGACUGAAAGAGAACAAGCCCAUAGCAUCUCCCGAACAACAGAUGUAUCCCAACCCAGGGGACAGACACGAGGUCAGUGGCCAUAACGUCUAUGGGAAUUUGUGUGAAAAUACCUUCAGCAAUGACCAGUCCACCUCAACAACGACCUCUACAAAAAUCAGCUGUUUCCCUCUGCAAAACAGACCCUCGGAGCUAGAAAUCAAAGAAAAGAUAAAACACUUACUACAACUCACAAUUCUUUGACGACGACGGAGGGAAGAGAAAACAGAAUUUAUGAGAACUUCGACCUGGAGAGAAAUCUUCCAUCACAUUCUCAUGAUGGUGAGUCCAAAACGGUUUCUACAGAACCAAAUAAAAACAAUAAAGAACCUGAAAAAACUGAAGACGAGGAAGAGGAGAGCAUCUACAACUCUGAGGACAUCUACGCCUCCUACCGCUCACUGGGGCCUCGUCAAUACUCGAUGAUCUCCAGAAGUCCUUGUUGGCCAGUCUGGCAUCAGGAAAGCAAGGGAUGGAGUUUGCGGAAUUUCGCAAAGACAUGCAAUAUCCACAUGAGGUUGGUCUACAACCAGAGAAUUUAAACAAGAAUCGCUUCAAGGCCCUUUGUGCUUAUGACCAUUCUCGAGUUGUUCUUCGUCGACCCAAGGGAGACCUCGACACAGAUUAUAUCAACGCAAGUUACAUUAAGGGAUGCCAAAGGGACAAAGCAUACAUCGCUACACAAGGUCCGCGGUCCCACACGGUAGAUGACCUGUGGUGGAUGGUGUGGCAGGAGAACGCUACUCAGAUCAUCAUGCUGACCAACCUCAAGGACGGCGGAAAAGACAAGUGUGAAGAGUACUGGCCGUCUGUCGGCACCACAAAGACGUAUGGUCACGUGACAGUGACAGCUUUUAAAACAGACACCAGGGCAGACUUCGUCGUCCGCUACUUUGUGCUGGAGUCCAAACAGGGCGGUGACCAGCGGACGGUAUCUCAGUAUCACUACCUGGUGUGGCCUGACCACGGGGUGCCGUCCACCUACUCGCUGGUCAGCUUCUGGCGCUACGUCAAGGCACGUGCACAGGGGGCCAUACCUGUCGUACACUGCAGCGCUGGAGUCGGACGAACCGGCACGUACAUCGGCCUGGACAUUGCUUCCGAGCUAAGAUCACGUAACUCUCACGUAGCCGUCAAGGAGAUCGUCAGCAGACUACGUGAAGACCGAACACUCAUGGUCCAGACUGAAGAACAGUACAAGUUCCUUCAUGAAGUCAUCCUAGAGGAACAUACCAGCCGUGACACCAGAAUGACCUUUGACCAGUUCGACCUAGUGUUUGCCGACAAAAUCGAUGAACAUAAUUACCGCAUCGAUAAGGAAUUUCAGGUCUUGAAACAAAUGGCAAUGUUUGUUCCCAAACCAAGACACACAGUUGCUGAAUCAAAAGAGAAUGUAAUUAAAAACAGGAAUACAGAGUCACUGCCAGACGACAGCCGUCUGUUGUACCUCAUGGACCGCGUGCCUGGGAGAAAUCAGUACAUCAACGCCAUCGACAUGUCGUCGUUCAGGAAGAGACGAGGGCUGAUUAUGACUCAGCUGCCGAUGCCGGACACCGUGGUGGACAUGUGGCGUCUGGUUGACGGAUUGGACAUCAACACCAUUGUUUCUCUCGGACACAGAGACCAGAGCAAAAGGGUGAAGAAUUAUUGCAGUUACUGGCCUGAAGCUAAAGAGGACGAGCUGAAUACUGGACAACAUGCCGUCAACCUAACGUCCACGUCUGCACUUGGAGAUCAUAUCACCUGCUUUAACCUCUCCCUUGCCACUCAGACAUCCACCCCCAGAGAGGUCCGUGUUCUGUACUAUGAUGACUGGGCAGACGUCGUCCCAGGAAGCAUCUCGGACAUCCUUCAACUGAUAGACAUUCUUGAAUCAUGGGAUGUUGAAGAGGAUGCCUCACCUGUAGUAGUGCAGUGCAUUGACGGGGUGGCGAGGAGCGGGAUGUUCUGUGCUCUGUAUGAGAUCAUUCACCGAGCCAUGCAUGACCAGGAGAUAGAUGUCUACCUGUCUGUGCGACAUGUACAAAGUGUCAGACAACAGGCCAUCACUACAGAGGAGCAGUACCGUUACUGCUACCAGGCAGCUCAAGAAUACAAGCAACAAAAUAGUGUUUAUCAAAACACGUGACCAGUUUAUUGUUUACUCCCAUGACAGUGUGUGACUAAAGGGGGGUUUAAUUAUGAAAUGAGAGAUUAAAGAACAUUGAAUUUCUACAUUGCACUAUAAUAAGACCGGAUUGUCAACUUCUUGUGUUAUUUUAGUUUUUAAUGUUUUAUUGCUGUUUAUUGAAAGUAAGUUGUUUACUUUAAUUCAAUGCCAUAAUACCACCCUAGUCGUUCUUCUCUUAAUAAGUCUCUCGCACCUCAGAGAGGUAGACGUUGGAAGCAAGUUUUGUACUUAUCACAUCUACCCUGCUGACACUGGAGAAGCACCCGACGCUCGGUCACACCCGACAAACGCACGAUUGUCUCCCUGUAAGCCCUGUAAUGUUUAAUUAUUAUUAACCGGUCGAUUUAGAAACAAAAGUUUUCAAGAUACGUAGAAUAACUUUUACAAUAAACGUGGCUACCUACUAACAAUAAUUUGAUACGUAACACCAAUAUCUCAGACCAUAGACAGGAUCCACGAAAUAGACACAAAGAUGAAGGAUAAGAGCAAUGUGAAGUCUCACAAUUCCGGCAGUUUCUCAGGAAAACAAAACUAAGUGGUGUUGCAAAAUUAUUGAGUUAAAACCUUGACAUGUGGUGUACGUACUUAUAAUUUGUGUUUGACAAACUGUGUUAUUGUACAUUUAUAUAUAUAUAUAAUGCCUACUAUGCUUAUUCUACUGAGUUAUUGCAUUCUGAUUUUUUCUGGCUUAUAAUUCUAACCAUAUCUACUACAUAAAAUGUUUGGCAUGCUAUUUUGAGUUGUAAAAAUGAAAGACGAAACAAAAUAAACAAUAAUAUUGUA